AUGAAGUUUAACAUUGCAAAUCCCACCACUGGAUGUCAGAAGAAGCUGGAAAUCGAUGAUGACCAGAAGCUUCGAGCAUUUUGGGAUAAGAGGAUCUCUCAGGAGGUGCUUGGUGAUGCCCUGGGCGAGGAGUUUAAAGGAUAUGUUUUUAAAAUCACUGGUGGGUGUGACAAACAAGGCUUCCCCAUGAAGCAAGGAGUGCUGACCCCUGGUCGUGUCCGACUCUUGCUCCAUAGAGGAACUCCAUGUUUCCGUGGAUAUGGAAGGCGCAAUGGAGAGCGCAGAAGGAAGUCUGUCCGUGGGUGCAUUGUCAGCCCAGACCUCUCUGUUUUGAACUUGGUGAUUGUGAAGAAGGGUGAGAAUGAUUUGCCCGGUCUCACUGAUGUUGAAAAGCCAAGGAUGAGGGGUCCAAAGAGAGCAUCAAAAAUCCGCAAGCUGUUUAACCUGUCCAAGGAGGAUGAUGUGAGAAAGUAUGUUAACACAUACCGUCGAACCUUUACAACAAAAGCUGGGAAAAAAGUGAGCAAAGCUCCAAAAAUUCAACGACUGGUCACUCCUUUGACCCUUCAAAGGAAGCGGGCAAGGAUUGCUGACAAGAAGAAGAGAAUUGCUAAGGCAAAAUCAGAUGCAGCCGAAUAUCAGAAACUCCUUGCUUCCAGAUUGAAGGAGCAGAGAGAACGCCGGAGUGAGAGCUUGGCCAAGCGAAGAUCCAAACUUUCCAUUGCUUCCAAACCAUAA